AUGACCGCAAUUUUAGAAAGACGCGAAAGCGCAAGCCUAUGGAAUCGUUUUUGCGAUUGGAUCACUAGCACUGAAAACCGUCUUUACAUUGGAUGGUUCGGUGUCUUAAUGAUUCCUACCCUAUUGACUGCAACCUCUGUAUUCAUUAUCGCUUUCAUUGCAGCUCCUCCAGUAGAUAUUGAUGGUAUUCGUGAACCUGUUUCCGGUUCUCUUCUUUAUGGAAACAAUAUUAUUUCCGGUGCUAUUAUUCCUACCUCUGCAGCCAUUGGUCUGCAUUUCUAUCCCAUCUGGGAAGCAGCUUCUGUUGAUGAAUGGCUAUACAACGGUGGUCCCUAUGAGCUAAUCGUUCUACACUUCCUACUUGGUGUAGCUUGCUAUAUGGGUCGUGAGUGGGAGCUUAGCUUCCGUCUAGGUAUGCGUCCUUGGAUUGCUGUUGCAUAUUCAGCUCCAGUAGCAGCAGCUACUGCUGUUUUCUUGAUUUACCCUAUUGGUCAAGGAAGUUUCUCUGAUGGUAUGCCUCUAGGAAUCUCUGGUACUUUCAAUUUCAUGAUCGUAUUCCAGGCUGAACACAAUAUUCUUAUGCAUCCAUUUCACAUGUUAGGUGUAGCUGGCGUAUUCGGCGGCUCUCUAUUUAGUGCUAUGCAUGGUUCCUUGGUAACUUCGAGUUUGAUCAGGGAAACUACCGAAAAUGAGUCUGCUAAUGCAGGUUACAAAUUUGGUCAGGAAGAAGAAACCUACAAUAUUGUAGCUGCUCACGGUUAUUUCGGCCGAUUGAUCUUCCAAUAUGCUAGUUUCAACAACUCCCGUUCUCUACAUUUCUUUUUAGCUGCUUGGCCAGUAGUAGGUAUCUGGUUUACUGCUUUGGGCAUCAGCACUAUGGCUUUCAACUUAAAUGGAUUCAAUUUCAACCAAUCUGUUGUUGACAGUCAAGGUCGUGUAAUUAACACUUGGGCCGAUAUCAUUAAUCGUGCUAACCUUGGUAUGGAAGUGAUGCACGAGCGUAACGCUCACAACUUCCCUCUGGAUCUAGCUGCUGUUGAAGCUAAUUCUAUAGACGGCUAA